UAAACUUCAAGCACCGAUUUCAUUUCCAUUUUCAGGCUCCAGCUGCCUCAACGCCCUUUCCCCUCUCUAUCUCUCUCUUUCCAUAGAUUUGCACCAAUGAAGAGCCGAGGCACUGCCAAAGUCUCUGUCAAGUGGAUUCCGAUCCUCUGUGUAUUUUGCUUCGCUCUUGGAAUUCUCUUCUCUAACAGGACGUGGGACCCACUUGAAUCCAACGGUCAGCUUAUGGCUCAGCGUCGACGUGAACAAGAGUUGCAAGUUGUAUCCGAAGAUUCAACAGCUCAGAAGAAACUUUCACAUGAUAAAGAUGUAAUGGACGAAGUUUUGAAAACUCAUGAAGCAAUUCAGCCUGCCAGAUCGCUAGACAAGUCAAUUGCAAUGCUUCAAAUGCAGUUAGCAGCAUCUAGGAGUUCUCAGGAAAUGAGCUUGGAUGGUUCCGCUGCCUUGUCUGCCCUGUCUCACGAGGGCCUACCCCGGCAGAAAGUGUUCAUGGUUAUUGGGAUUAACACAGCUUUUAGCAGUAGAAAGAGGCGUGAUUCAGUCAGAGAGACUUGGAUGCCUCAAGGGGAGAAGCUUCUUCAAUUGGAGCGCGAGAAGGGGAUUGUUAUUCGCUUCAUGAUUGGCCAUAGUGCCACAUCUAAUAGCAUUUUAGAUAGAGCCAUUGAUUCAGAAGAUUCUCAGCAUAAGGAUUUCCUUAGACUGGAGCAUGUUGAAGGAUACCAUGAAUUGUCUGCAAAAACAAAAAUAUUCUUCUCCACUGCUGUUGCUAAGUGGGAUGCUGAAUAUUACGUCAAGGUGGAUGAUGAUGUCCAUGUUAAUCUGGGUAUGCUGGCGGCUACUCUGGCACGGCAUCGUUCAAAACCCAGAGUGUACAUUGGAUGCAUGAAGUCGGGACCUGUUCUUGCUCAAAAGAAUGUCAAAUAUCAUGAACCAGAGUAUUGGAAAUUUGGAGAGGAAGGGAACAAAUAUUUCCGACAUGCAACUGGACAGAUAUAUGCAAUCUCAAAGGAUCUUGCAACAUAUAUCUCAAUCAACCAGCCCAUAUUGCACAAGUAUGCUAAUGAAGAUGUGUCACUUGGAUCAUGGUUUAUCGGUCUUGAGGUUGAGCACAUUGAUGACCGCAACAUGUGCUGUGGAACUCCACCAGAUUGUGAGUGGAAGGCACAGGCAGGUAAUGUAUGCAUUGCAUCUUUUGACUGGAGCUGCAGUGGAAUCUGCAAAUCAGUGGAGAAGAUCAAAUUUGUUCAUGAAAGAUGUGGUGAAGGGGAUGGAGCUGUAUGGAGUGCUCUCUUUUAGAUAUAGUGGGAUGGUGUUACCUGGGGCAAAUGAACAUGCAUUAAGUAUUUAUCCUGGUCUACAAAAUGGUGAGAGGCAUUUGAGAAUUCAGAUGGAGAAAGCACAGCAUGUUAGAUAAUCUAACAAAUUCCCAUGGAUAUUGUUUUUUUGUUUUUUCAAUUUCUGGAGAAGCUUUGAAAGAGUUUGGAGCAAGAGCUUGUGCGGUGAUUUAUACAGGAGCUUUUCGAUCAAGAUGCUAGUUGAGUUGACAUGGUUAGCGGAAGAGUGUCACCUUCCCGAACUUUCCUCAAGGUGGGAGGAUACAAUACAGGAGUAUGUAUACAAAUCAUUAUACUUUUAGAUGGAAGCUGAAUAGUUCUUUCAUUUUGUCCCCUCCCCCUUCCAAAAGAAAAGGGAAAAAAAAAAAAAAAUCAGAUAUUACAAUUUGUUAGAUAGAUGCUCCACGUUGUGGCCGGCCAUGUUGGCAUAUGUAACUGAUCUUAGGUCCUUCAAAUUAGCAGUACUUUGUUUAUUAGAAAAAAAGAUGGCCUUGCUGCGAGGUUAAUAAUCUAUUUGUCAAAUUGAGGCGCCAUUUGGUUCA